AUGAUUCCCAAGACCUCCAGUGCCAGCCCUUGCAAAGCCAGUUCCGCGUCCACCGAGACAUCCCUCUCAACAGAGGUGCCCACCUCCACGGCAAUUCCAACAGCUAUCGAGGCCACUCUCGCCAUGACUGAAUCGGAAAGCGACAUUGAGACUUCUACUGCAUCACAAGACUCUGCAACCUCUACCGUCUCGCAUGAAGCCACCCCAACCUCGUUUACAAAUACUGCCUCUGCGACAACUCAACCUACAGCCCCUGUCUUCGUUGAUAUCGAUUGUUCGACAGACUCAGACUGCGUAGCAGCACUGGGGCCUGCUGCACUUGGGAUUUAUGGUUGUGUCGACCUGAUUUGUCAACCCACUGCUGCCCCUUAA